CUUUGCCUUUUCUCGACUUCUUCAUCUCUCUUGGGUUUAAAAGGUGGUGUUCAUAUCGCCAUUUUCUCGGUUCCAGAAACACCCAAUCCUUGGGAUAUAAUUUCCAUGGUUUCCUCUAAUUUUCCUCCGCUCUCCUCCCCGAUGCAUCCCAGAUUAUCGUCAUGAAGCCAAGUAAGCAUUUCUGCUGUACAAUCUGCCAACGAGGUUUCACACGCAUUGAUCAUUUGAAACGACACCAUCUGCGACACUCCGGUGUGAAGCCUUAUUUGUGCACUUUUUGCAACGAAGCUUUUGCUCGCUGUGAUAAUUUGCGUGAUCAUUACCCAGAUUGCGCCAAACGUGGGGACCGUCAAAUUCCCGAAACUGGACAGAGAGGUAGACGACGACAUGCAUGCCAAUCAUGUACCUCCAUGAAGUUGCGCUGCGAUGGGCAGACGCCUUGUAGCUCCUGUGUGAAGAGGAACCUGGAAUGUAGUAAGGACUGGACAAGUCCAGCCGCCAGCAACGACCUUAACUUCAACUCAAAUUCCCCCGUAGUUCCAGGUUCUCCAUCGGUGAAAAAUGAGGGUUAUGACCGACCUUCGGACCGGGGAUCGAUCAAAUUUUUGCUGAAUAGAGGCACGGAAAGUUUCACAGAGGAUUUUCUCCUACCUCCCCGGAGUGAUCGAACUCGUGGCCUCGACUACCAUCACCAAAAAGAGGAAGCGGAGAGUUCCAUGCUGCCAUACCACCUAAAAGAUGACCCUACAAGCUGGAACCCAGCAUUCCUCGAAUCAGAACCAACCGCUCUCUCUUUCUUUCAGGAUACCUUCCUCGACUUUUUCAAUGGUCCAUUCGGCGACCUCCAUAAAUCUGUAGGCGAUCCAUAUGCAGGCGGAAUGGCUGGCUACCAGGCCACCCUCCUUCCUGAACAAAAUCAUAGCUUGGGAUAUCCAGGGCAGCAACCAUAUGAACCCGAGAAACCGUUUGCGACUGCCAUGAUUCAGGCGAUUAUAUCAAGGGCUUGGUUGGUGCCUUUGGACGCAAAGCUCCAUGAGGAAAUCUCAACCAGUCUCACAUUUCUCCUAAGAACAUGGCGAAUUCGGAAGUUUAUUUCGCUCUAUUUCAAAUACUGGCAACCAAGCUGCACAAUGAUACACUGCCCGUCUUUUGAUCCUGAAACCGUUUCUCUACCUCUUCUCGCGUCCGUCAUUUUCAUGGGCGCUAUGUACUCCAAGGACGAGCGAGAGCUUUACAUUGCAAAGCGCGUGCUUGACUUCGUCGAACUUUUCGUCUUCUCAAGCGAGCUCUUUUCGUGUGAAUCUGAAAUUGCCAGGACAAUUUGCGGAGACCGGAAUCCAGACCAUGGGGCCCUCGACUGGCCUCAGUUUCAAAACUUCCAAGCCGGAUUUCUGAUGGUGGUCGUGCAAUACUGGGCUGGGGGACGCGUCUCUCGAAACCGAGCAAUGGAAAAUCGAUUUAGUGAAAUUAUCAAGGUUGCUCGCCGGAUUGGAUUGAUUAGAUAUCAUCACAACCCGGAGGAUAGUAUGGACGAAACCAUAUGGAUUCAAAGGCAGUGCCGUAUCCGGACCAUGAAUAUGGUUUCCCUCUUGGAUUGUGCCUUUUCAUUUUACCAAAACUACCCAUGUCACUUGACGCACACUGAAAGCCACUGGGAGUUCCCAUGUCUUGAAUCCACUUUUGCCUUGGAACAUCCAUUUACGGAUCCAGACUUCCAGGUCUCCAGGGGUAUCACCAUAGCCGAUGCCUUCGAUAGUUUAUUCGAGGAUUACAACGCCCAGGAAACUUCCCAGACCGCUUCAGGCAUACCGGCCUCGGAAAUCAUUGCAACCCUAACAGUGCUAGACAUGUUUAUUCUCAUCCACGUUCUAUACGCUUUCAUCAACACCCACAUGACUGUUCUGGCACCCUUAUUACGAUUUCCCCAGAGAUCCUCUACCAAAUCCGAGGCUGGCUCCGCGAGGUCGAGCAAAAGGCGACCUUCCCUGAUUCAGGAGGACUCGACGUUGACUGCCAUUCGAACGGCACUAUCGCGCUGGCGCGACCACUGGUUGGCACUCCGCAGCACCGUUUCCAGCCACGAAUGGGCGUCGAUGGGAUUCUUCAAGAACGGAUACAACUUCUGGCUUGUAUCCCAGCUCCUUAUUACCAAGAAGGAGAGCGUAGACGUGGUAAUGAAGAUGGAGGUGAGGUGCGAGGACAAGCUAGAAAAGCUGAAAGUCCUAUUGAAGGACGAGAACGACUGAUGGCCUUUACGCAACGAAUAU